CCGUUAUUAAAGUCAUGACACUCUUUUAGCAAUUGCAGUGGCAAUUAUCGACCUCUAUUGAGUUACAUGGGCAUAAUCUGUCCUGCUGUAAACUUUGGUAUCUAUGUUAUUGUUUUUUGUCGUAUUCUCGCAUUUCGAAGAGAGUUUCGUAGCAUACGGGGUAGUUCUACCAAGAUGGAUGAUAUUUUAGUGAUCUUCCAAUUCAUCCUUAUAUGUCUGAGCCAAUUCGGAAGCGGUGGACUACUUCCUUUGAUAACGCCAUAUAUCUAUACCAUAGCAUCGUUUCAAAUGUCGGCUAUUUUCACUGCAAUCAACACCAUGAUCAAUCCUUUGGUGAUAUUUGUUCUUCAAAAAAGAAUGCGACGUAAUUGGUUCAGCUUUCUCAAACGAGCGAAGCCAAGCAACAGCAAAGUUUGUGUAACUCCAGCCAUAAACAGAUAG